UGUUACUUGGUGUCAGCUACAGCCAGUAUUUUGGUCUUGGUGAACGUGACCGACUCUGUAGUCCUGAGCAUGCGCACUGUAUCGCAUCUCCUGUGUGGGGACGAAAGAGGACAUCACGGAAAAAAGUCGCCUUCGGCAACCCCACGCAGUGAUCUGAACCCUUCUAGCUCCUAUAUAACUGCUACACUGCUGCGAUGCCAGGACUACUAAUACAUUCAAGAAUAACCAGACUUCCCAGCAAGGAUUAGUGGUUGAAGACACGUGUAUUAUACCGUAUGGAAGCAGUAUGCGGGAAAUGGUUGGAGGUUGCUGUGUGUGUUCCGAUGAGCGCGGCUGGGCUGAGAAUCCGCUGGUAUAUUGUGAUGGACACGGGUGCAGCGUUGCCGUGCACCAGGCCUGCUACGGCAUCGUCCAGGUGCCCACCGGCCCGUGGUUCUGCCGCAAGUGUGAAUCCCAGGAGCGGGCAGCGCGAGUGAGAUGUGAGCUGUGUCCACAUAAAGAUGGAGCCCUUAAAAGGACAGACAGUGGAGGCUGGGCCCAUGUGGUGUGUGCUUUGUACAUCCCUGAGGUGCAGUUUGCCAACGUUCUGACCAUGGAGCCCAUUGUCCUGCAAUUUGUGCCCCACGAGAGAUACAUCAAGACGUGUUAUAUCUGUGAGGACCACGGUCGAGAGAGCAAGGCUGCCUGUGGUGCCUGCAUGACCUGCAACCGGCCUGGCUGUAGGCAAGCCUUCCAUGUCACCUGUGCUCAGAUGGCAGGUCUGCUGUGUGAAGAGGAGGGGCCAGAGGCCGACAACGUCAAGUACUGCGGUUACUGCAAACACCAUUACAGCAAGAUGCAAAAGAAGCUGCGGUCUUCGGGGGAGACGGUGAGCAGCUCUUUCAACCACUCCAGAGGACGGUCCAGCUCACCUUCCCAGGACAAACACAGCUCGCACCACCACAGGCCCCGCAAGAGUCACAAAGACAAAUCGAAGCAGAAGGAGCGACACAGGAAGUCGUCUGACUCGGGCGGCAUUCCCAGCUUGGGGCCCUCCCUCUCCACCAGCCUGGACAAGUUGUCUUCCAGCCACCACAGCGGCGGCGGCAGCAAGGAGGGCGACAGCAAGCCCAAGAAGCUGAGCUCCCACAGCGGCAGUGGCCUGCCCCAUCGCUGCAGCAAGAAGAGCAGCGGCCCCGGCAAGAGCUGCUCCUCCUCCUCCUGCUCCUCCAGCCCCUUCAACGCAGGGGGCACGUCAUCGUUGUCGUCCACUCAGGACUUCCUGCAGCUGUCCUCCUCAUCCUGCCGUCUGGAGCGGGAGCGGGAGCCCGAGGAGCCGGCGGCCGAGCCGCGGGAAGAACGCAAGCGCCGGAGCCUCCCGCGGGAGGAAGAGGAGGAGGAAGAGGAGGAAGAGGAAGAGGAGGAGGAGAAAGAGGAAGAGGAGGAAGAAGAACAGGAUGGGGCAAGGGAGAGGGAGAGCAAGUACCUCAAGCCCCCAGCGUUGCAGCCGCCGGCCCUCACGCCCGUCAAUGGGCCGCCCGAGGCCGAGGCCAACACCUUCGAGAACAAGGUCACCAUCUCCACCUACGGCUCCAUCAUGCGCAUCACUUCCUCCUCUGGACUGGGCAGCGGCAGCAAGGUGCGUAAGCUGAGCUCCAAGACCAGCAGCGGCCGCCCACUGCAGUCCACGCCGCCCGUUCUGGAGGAGUCCGUCCCGCCCGAGCGUCCGUCCUCCUCGCCGUCGAUGCCCCGCAGCGAGCGCCGUCACCGCGGCAACAAGAAGAGCCGCCACGGGCCGGGCCGGCCGCGCGGCAGCAAGAACCGCGAGCGUGAGAAACGCGGCGAGGACGAGACGCAGACGCACCAACCUCCGCAUCAACCUCCGCAUCAACCUCCGCAGCAGCAGCAGCACCGUCACCACCACCACCACCACCACCAUCAGCCUGGGCUCCACAGCCAGACACAGCACCAGGCCCAGACUCAGCAUCAGGGCCAGGGCCAGCAUCAGGCCCACCAGGCCCAGCAUCAGGCCCACCAGGCCCAGCAUCAGGUCCAUCAGACCCAGCAUCAGGUCCAUCAGGCCCAGACACCGGCGCUGCAGGGGGGAGCCCUGGCCUUCUCCUCCGCCCCCUACCCCAGCCUGCCCCCAGCAGCUUUCCACGCCACCGCCACCACCAACUCUCUGCUCAGCUCCGGAAUCUACAGCAGUCAUAAGGAUCCCCUGUCUCUGGGUGGGGGUGUGUGCAGCACUCCUCUCUCCACCGGCCUGCUUCCCUCCCACAUCCCCAGCCUCCCUCUCACCCCUGCUAACUCCACCGCCAACACACAGAUGCAUGCGGGCGCUGGCGUUCCCUAUAGCCUCAGUGCCUCUCAGCCUUUCAGCAGCUUCCUGUCCACGGCGCCUACACUUCCUCCACUCCUGAGCCAGGCCCAGAGUACACUGCCAGAGUCGGACCUGGAGGACUGUCGCUUUCCCUGCCAGGACAGCUCACCGCGCGAGAGCCUCUCCUCACACUCUCCCAUGAGUAGUCUGCCGCUGCUGUUUGACCAGAGGGAGGGGGUGGACCAGCAGCGGCCGGAGCCGGCCAGCUCCCACAUCGAGCUGCUGCUGGAGAAGCACGGCAACGGGGAGAUGGGCGUCAACAUCGUGGAGAUGCUCCAGUCCCUGCACUCGCUGCAGCAGGAGAACCAGCGGCUGCAGGACCAGAUCCUGAGCCUGACGGCCAAGAAGGAGCGUCUGCAGCUGCUCAACGUGGAGCUGGCCGUCCCCUUCAUCCCACCGGGCUUCCCGCUGCCCUCCGCCCACCAGCUGGCCCCGUGCCACGGCCACGGCCAGAGCCACCUGUCCACCCUGCAGGCCGUCGCCGCCGCUGCUGCCGCCAACCCCGCCGUGUCCGGUCAGGCCGGGGUGACGUUGUCGUUGUCGUCGUCGUCGUCGGUGGCGGUGGCGGGGAGCGGGCCGGUCCCCGCGGGCUUCCUCUCCUGCGCUCACGACCCCCUGAGCUCCAGUAAGAGUCCCCUCACCAAGAGCAGUUUCCUCAGCGACAACUCCUUCAUCGCCUCCUCUGAGGACCUCCACUCAGGCAGCCCCUCUCGCAGUAGCUCCUCCUUCUCCUUCCAGAGCACCCCUCCCCCUCAGCAAAGCCCCGCCUCCUUCAGCCAGCCCCUGCUGAACGGACUGGGCCGGGCUGGCCUGACCGAGAGCCUGUCCAUGGGGCUCGGCGGCGGCGUGAGCAGUCUGAUGGACGGCCUGGCCGGAGGCCCCCAGCUGGCGGCGGCAGGGGUGAACGGGGUGCUGGGAGGCCUGAACGGCGUGCUGGGCGGCUCGCCGGCCCAGGCCCAGAUGCAGGUGCAGAGCGCCCCCCAGAGCCACCUCCCGGCGCUGCAGCCGCAGCCUCCGCCCCUCACCCAGCAGGCACUGGCCCAGGGCCUGCAGCUGCCCAAGAGCCUCAGCCCGUCUUCCCUCCUCUCUGAACACCAGAAACAGCUUCUGCUUCAGAAACAGCAGCAGCAGCUCCAAGAGUUCCUCGUCUUGAAACAUUUCACUCCGGAGCAGCAGGUAGUGGUGUACCAGAUGCUGCAGCAGCAGCAGCAGCGGCAGCGCGAGCUCCAGCGCCUCUCUCUGGGGGGCGGCCUGCCCUCCUCCGGCGUCCCCUCCACCGCAGCCCUCAUGAACUCGUCGCCCAGCCUGCUGUCCCAGGCCGGAGCCUCCCCCCUGCAGGCUGGCCAGGGGAACAGCACCACGCUCUUUGGUCUCCAGGAGAACUCCCUCCACAAGCCCGGCUCGGUCGGAGACAAGGGAGGGGACAAGAACGGAUGACAUCACUUCCUGAGCUGAGCUGACGACCGUCCACCAAAUGGGAAAACCGUCCCGCCCGAUCUUGCCUCACUUCCUUCCGCCCGGAAUCCUCAGCUCCUUCCUCCUCUCCUCUCUCGUUCUUCUCCCAUCUUCUUCCUCUUCCUCAGUGAAUGUAUUAUGGCACUGGCUUCAGGUGUCCGAUCUGAAAAGAAAAAAAACAGGCAGUGGUAGUUUGUUCUGUUGUUUUCCUUAUUAUCUGAAUUUUGUUUUAUUUGGCAACCACACAUAGGCAGCUUUGUUUAUCAGGAGAACAGUGAUGGUCUGAUCUAUAUCUCAGUUUGCACUAAUUUGUUUAUUUGUCAGUUUUGUCCAUUACGAUUAUUAUUGUUAUUACUGUUGUUGUUGUUGUUAUUAUUACUAUUAUUAUAUUUUUUGAACUAGAGACUCUGGUCAUUGAUACUGGUGGUGUUCCAGCUCAGCUUGUAGUGGACUGACGUUUUCCGAGACCCCAGAGCACUGACCCUGUCUUCCAGCCGCACCAAAGCCCCCCCAGUGAGAGAAGCCGGGACUCAAUAGCGCUUGGCUGUUCGUGUUAACCGUGGUCGUUGGUUGUAGUAGCAACGCUGUGCUUGAGAAUGACAAGGAGGAUGAUAAUGAUGAUGAUGGUGGUGGUGGUGGUGGUUAUGACUCGUACGCCACUUCCUUGCCCAGUCCAGUCCAGACGAGACAGUCCUCCUACCCUAGGAUCCUCAUCUCUCUUGACUUCUCCUCCCCCCAUGGUCUACACUGGCACUUGCUUCGUCCCUUGCUGGUCAGAAUGUUUAAGACUGGUGAGAGAAAGUCUGGCAAUUUCCAUCUUACAAUGUGUAAUGGAUUUGUGAAUUUUUUUUUAAAUGUGUACUUUCUUUCAUCCAAACUCACUUGAUCAUACAUGUUAGAGGGCCCCUCACAUGCUCAAUGCAGGUGUUAACAAAAAGACCAGGCUCUCCUCAAUACCCUAAAUAAUGCAUGCCAUGCUCCAUAGAUAAGCUCUCAGUAGAAAUCUCAGUUGGUGAUUCGGUUUCGCAAAAUAUUAUUGACAAUUGUGCUAAAUAGCCAAAUGACACCCCUCCCUUCCAUGGUCCUGAAGCACCUUGCUGAUUGGCUGAGAUUGUUUAAGGUUUGGUGACUGCAAACACUGAACAGACAUCUAGCAAUUAGCUACAUUUGAUUAAAUGUCUAAAAAACGAUAGAAUUGAGAACUGCACCUUUAAUGGUUAUUUUAAAAACCAACCCAACCUUUUGAGAUUAAAGCGAACAAACGGUUUUGACUUUAAAGCCUGUGUAAAUAAAAUAAAAUUUCUGAGCAAAGUCUCACUAAAGAUUGCCCUAUGUACAGCAGUGUAUAUUGUGCUAAUAUUCAGCUUUUAGCCAAUAAGAAGUACCUUAUCCAAUAAUGCAUGGUACUAAUUAGGAAACUAUAGGGAUUAGGUAGUGAUUUAUAAUGGAUGUUUUGCACACACGAGGUGUUACAGUAAAUGUUUUUUUUACCUUUUACUGCUAUGAUUACUCUGUGGUCAUUUCAUUAGGAUGUUUUAUAUUGACUGAAAGACAAUAGUUGUAUUUGAGCAGCUUAAUUGAUGCCUUAAUGUUUGUGAUAAAUUCACGGAAAAGUCCAAAGUAAUUCAGUAAUUUUGUUUGUUUGUUUAUUUUUGCUCUUUUGUGUAUAGGGUACAGAGACAGCAGAGUAGGCUGUAGAACGAAGAGGUUUGAGCUUGUUCUAUUGAGUUUGAGACACAUAUAGUAGAGGAAGAGAGAAGAACAAUAUUCUUAUUAUUGUACUUGCAUUUGUAACCAAAGUCUUGCAAGUACUUUUGAUGGGACACUUUCCAUUGUUUAUAUAUAUAUAUAUAUUUGCAGCAAGCUCCCAGAAAAAGAGACACUUUGAACACUUUUCAUUUGAAUGUUACUUGGUUUGAUGCUUUUGAUGCCUUGUUUUAUUCAUCCUCAACACAUUGUAUGUUUGCCAUGAAAACAUUAACAGUCUAUCAGAUACUAGUGUCACAGAAACACACACACACACACACACACACACACUUAUGUGUGAUACACACAAACAUGAGUAAAGGCACACUCACAUAGGACAGUGUGAAUCUAAUGUCUACUGCUAUCUUGCUCCCAUUCACACUUAGUGCUUGUCAGAACGGCGCUUAUUGAAAUUAAAAUUGAUGAUUGAAAUAGUCUUUCACUCUCUGUGAGACACAGCAGCCAUAUAUCACGCCACUAGCUACUUUGUCUGACUGCCUCACUAAUCAAUCCAUCUGAUUUCCUUGAUAAUUAUUGUUUUAGCACAUCCUGGAGGCCAUUUCAAUUUUGUUUUUGCUAUCUUUUUUUUACUGGACACAAAGUAUUGGUGUCAGUACUCAUUCAAGUAGGACGAUGUAUGUGCAAUUAUUUUCCCACCAUCCAUUAUAAUAUGGUGUUGUGGUGGUUGACAGUGCUAUACCCCUUCUUAUGUGUGAUAUCUUCAUGUACAGUUGGUCUCUCUCAGUCAGGCCAUUGUUUUUGAAGCAGAGGAUUUUAAGAAAUUGAAUCCAGACGUUGCCUGUGGUUGCACUAAAAGGAUGUUAAUGAGCCGCUUUUUUGUUUUUUUUUUUGCCCUGAAAGAGAACAGAUAGUCGAUAUGACCGUCGGUUGGUUGUUCCUGGAGCCAUGAAGUGUUCUCUGUGAAGUAAUGCGUACUUGUGAUUCAUCCCGCCCUUGUGCUGAUAAACCAAGAGUAUCUCACAUUCUCUCUUUCUCUCUGUUGCCUUAAAACCUAGCCUGGACAGAGUUAUAGACCUACAUGUAAUAGUUAUCCAGGCCAGUGUGCAGUCCCUGACAAAUGCAGAAAUCCAACAUAUUACCUGUUUCUUUCUUUGUUUGUUUGUUUACUCAGAGUUGUUUCAACUUCUCACUAAGCUCAUUGGAUGACAGUUGGAGACUGUAUGGUUUUUAUUUGGAGAUGCUUAAAUGUUAGUUAACUAAGUCCUAUGUACCUUCCUUCCAUAGUUAACUGUUUUUUGUUGUUGUUGUUAGUGAUGAUAUUAAGUUCAAGGCAAAGCAUGUUGGGAAACUGUUUCAUGGCUUCUGAAAUGUUCUGAUAAGUACCCAAGAUUAAAGAGAAUGAAGUGAUACUGGGGGUAAGUGGUGCAAGAGCAUCCCUCAUAUGUUGCACUGGGGCUUCAUGGCCCAAAGGAUUUUUUUUGUUUUGUUAUCUGUUUGUUUCUUUGUUACAGAUUGUAAACUGAAAUACACUUUGUAAGCUUUUAGGUUUGGUAACUAAGAUAAUACAUGUAAUGCUGUUUUAUGUACCCCUUUGUAUUACGCAUAUUUAAAUAGCUGUGUAAAUUAAGUUCGAAAGAAACAAAACCAUGUUAACUCAUGAUGAGCAUUAAAUGCUGAUAACCUCUGAUUGAAAUGUCAUGAUUAGACUAUGCAUAUUUUACACAUGCAUUGAUUUCAUUUAAAGAAGACUGCAAAAGGUUAAAUGGAGCAAAAAAGGCACUUCAUCAAGAUUUAGAAUCUGUAACGUCACUUUUCUUUCUUAAAGAAAAUUAUUGAAGAUGAAUUUGCCAAUAUUUAGAUUUUAAGGAUUCCUGUAAAGUAUUUUGAUAUUUUUUAUGUACAAUGAAAACCAUUUAGAUGACUGAAAUUUUACUGUCAAUAAAUGUAUUUUACUGA